GCCGUGCGGUCGCCUUGCACUCGGAGCCUAGAGCCGCCGCCCAGGGGGAUGCGGGAACCCCUGGCACGGGGGAACGGAGAGGCAGGCGGGGUGAGGGGCGUUGCCAGGCAAAGGGCGAGCGCCGCGGUUGCGCAGGAGCUGAGGACAGCAUGUCCCAGGCCCCAGGAGCACAACCCAGCCCACCCUCCGUGUACCAUGAACGGCAGCGCCUGGAGCUGUGCGCAGUCCACGCCCUCAACAACGUCCUGCAGCAGCAGCUCUUUAGCCAGGAGGCUGCCGAUGAGAUCUGCAAGAGGUUGGCCCCAGACUCCCGACUGAACCCCCAUCGUAGCCUCCUGGGCACUGGCAACUAUGACGUCAAUGUGAUUAUGGCCGCCCUGCAGGGGCUGGGCCUGGCGGCCGUGUGGUGGGACAGGAGGAGGCCCCUGUCCCAGCUGGCCCUGCCCCAGGUGCUGGGGCUCAUCCUGAACCUGCCCUCACCUGUGUCGCUGGGGCUUCUGUCCCUGCCACUGCGCCGUCGGCACUGGGUGGCUCUGCGCCAGGUGGACGGUGUCUACUACAACCUGGACUCCAAGCUGCGAGCACCCGAGGCCCUGGGGAAUGAGGAUGGUGUCAGGGCCUUCCUGGCAGCCGCCCUGGCCCAGGGCCUGUGUGAGGUGCUGCUGGUGGUGACCAAGGAGGUGGAAGAGAAGGGUUGCUGGCUGCGGACAGACUGACCUAUGGCCUACUCUACCUGUGUGGCUGCACCCAGCCUGAGUUCCAAGUGCCGGGGAAGGGCCUGCGCUUCAGGCACCUGGAGGAGGCCCUUCCCCUUCCCCACGUUCCCACUCCCCAAUGCCGCUGCUGCCUCAAUAAAUCUGCCAAUUUGC